GGUGUCCGGCGAGGCUGGGAGAGCGGGAGGCAGACACGGCUCAGACGUCCCACCAGCCCGGCGGCACCCCGUGGCCGCGGGACCCCAGACGGGGAGAGGGGGCCCCCAGGCCUGCGCGCCCGGACGACCGGAUGGCAGGCGAGGCCCGCGGCGGCGGGGACGCGGCGCUGCGCCGCCUCCUGAGGCUGCACCGCACCGAGAUCGCCGUGGCCGUGGACAGCGCCUUCCCGCUGCUGCACGCGCUGGCCGACCACGACGUGGUCCCCGAGGACAAGUUCCAGGAGACGCUGCGCCUGAAGGAGAAGGAGGGCUGCCCGCAGGCCUUCCACGCGCUCCUCUCCUGGCUCCUGACCCAAGACUCCGCCGCCAUCCUGGACUUCUGGAGGGUCCUCUUCAAGGACUACAACCUGGAGAGAUACGCCCGGCUGCAGCCCGUCCUGGACAGCUUCCCCAAAGAUGUGGACCUCAGCCAGCCCCGGAAAGGGAGGAAGCCCCCGGCCGGCCCCAAGGCCCCAGCACCGCUGCCCAGACCCCCCACCAAGAGGAAGGCCCUGGAGGAGCCUCGGGCCGCCCCGCCAGCAGCCCUGUCCCCCAGGCGCACCUCCAGCCCAGGCUCCCAGGUGAAGGCCAAGCACGUGAAGAAGCAGGAGAGCACCUCAGAGCCGCAGUGCCUCCCGCUGGGCAAUGGAAUUCAGACUAUGUCCGCUUCGGUCCAGAGAGCCGUGGCUGUGUCGUCUGGGGAUGUCCCAGGAGCCUGCGGGGCUGUGGAGGGGAUCCUCAUCCAGCAGGUGUUUGAGUCAGGUGGCACCCAGAAGUGCAUCCAGGUUGGUGGUGUUUACACUCCCAGCAAGUUUGAAGACCCCGGUGGGGGGAAGAGCAAAGCCCGCAGCGGCAGCAGCCUGAAGACCCUGGUCCGAGCAAAGGGUCCCCAGGUUGCAGCCCCUGCUGCAGAGGACCCUCGAGCAGGCCAGCAAGACAGGGUCCCGGCCCCCCUCCCCCUCCCCCUCCCCAGCGAGCCCCAGCUCCACCAGAAGAACGAGGAUGAGUGUGCCGUGUGCCGGGACGGCGGGGAGCUCAUCUGCUGUGACGGCUGCCCCCGCGCCUUCCACCUGGCCUGCCUGUCCCCACCGCUCCAGGAGAUCCCCAGUGGUACUUGGAGGUGCUCCAGCUGCCUCCAGGGAAGAGCCCAGCCAGACCUGCCUGGGGCCAAGGAGCCACCUGCGGAGACCCCGGUCAUCCUGGGACUGCGGUCCUCGGGAGAGGAGGUGAAGGGCCCGCUCAGGGAGCUCCCCGCUGGUAUGGACACCGCUGUCGCCUACAAGCACCUGCUGAACCCACCUUCAGGGGCCCCCCUGCCCAUCCUGGACCCCUCCACCCUCCGCCCCCUACUCAGUGUGGGCCCUGAGGGGCAGCAGGGCCCGGCGUCCGGCGCGCGGUGCGGAGUGUGCGGGGACGGCACGGACGCGCUGCGGUGCGCGCACUGCGCCGCCGCCUUCCACUGGCGCUGCCACUUCCCCGCCGGCGCCCGGCCAGGAGCCGUCCUGCGCUGCAGGUCCUGCUCCGGAGACCCCGGCCCGGCCCCCGGGGAGGCGGCGCCCGCCCCGAGCCCUGCCCGCCCGGCUCCCGGGGCGGCCAAGGCAGGGGAUGAUUCUACUGGUCACGAGCCCGUUCUGCACAGGGAUGACCUGGAGUCCCUCCUGAGCGAGCACUCCUUCGAUGGCAUCCUGCAGUGGGCCAUCCAGAGCAUGUCCCGCCCGCUGGCUGAGGUGCCCACCUUCCCCUCGUGAUCCAGAGGCCCAAGCCUAGAAGCAUGGAGGGGCAGGGGCCAAGCGAGAUCAGAUCCUCCCAUCCCUGUGAGUGCCCACUUGGUUGUGCUCACAGUGACUGUGCUCUGAGAGGGACGGAGGGACAAGCUCCCUCGCCCUGGAGCUGUCCAGGUUGGAGCCAAGAGGAGCUGACAAGUUCCAAGUAUUGUCAAUGCCGCUUGUAAACACAACCCGUCUUUGUAAAACACAAGCCAUCAUGUGCCCUAAAAUUAAAGUCACGUCUG